AUGGCGGAACGAUACAUUCCUGAACAUCGCCGCACUCAGUUCAAGGCCAAGAACAGUUUCAAGCCUGAUGAGCUGCGCCGCCGCCGCGAAGAACAACAAGUCGAGAUCCGUCGCCAGAAGAGAGAGGAAAACCUAGCAAAGCGAAGAGGUGUGCAGCGUGGAAAUGGCGAAAUCACCAUCGGCGGCCUCACGGAGCCUGAUAGCGAUGAUGAGACGGCUAACAUCGAAAGUGAGUUGAGCACCGAGUUGCCGGAAAUGGUCAAAGGAGUCUUCUCAGACCAGAUCGACGCUCAGAUUCAGGCCACCACCAAAUUCCGAAAACUCUUGUCCAAGGAACGAAACCCUCCCAUUGAGAAAGUCAUUGAGACUGGCGUGGUCAGCCGCUUCGUCGAAUUCCUCCGAUCUCCACAUACUCUUGUGCAGUUUGAGGCAGCAUGGGCUCUCACAAACAUUGCCAGCGGUAGUGCUCAACAGACACAGGUUGUGAUCGAGGCAGGCGCGGUUCCUAUCUUCGUCGAGCUCCUGAGCAGCCCUGAGCCAGAUGUCCGUGAGCAGGCUGUCUGGGCUCUGGGUAAUAUUGCUGGAGACUCCCCUGCAUGCCGCGACUAUGUCCUCAGCCAAGGAGCCCUCAAGCCUCUUCUCAGCUUGAUCGCCGAUGGCCGCAAACUGAGCAUGCUGCGAAAUGCCACCUGGACUUUGAGCAACUUCUGCCGUGGCAAGACUCCUCAGCCAGACUGGCCAACUAUCCAACCUGCGCUCCCUGUCCUGGCCAAGCUUGUCUACAUGCUCGAUGACGAAGUCCUCAUUGAUGCAUGCUGGGCCAUUUCUUACCUUUCCGAUGGCUCGAACGAUAAAAUCCAAGCGGUCAUCGAGGCCGGCAUUCCCCGACGCCUUGUUGAGCUUCUCAUGCAUGCUUCCACCUCCGUUCAGACCCCCGCUCUUCGUUCAGUUGGCAAUAUUGUUACUGGUGAUGAUGUGCAGACUCAGGUCAUAAUCAACUGUGGGGCUCUUACAGCGCUACUGGCGCUGCUCAGCUCGCAGAAAGACGGCAUCCGCAAGGAAGCAUGUUGGACGAUCUCGAACAUCACCGCCGGCAAUUCAACCCAGAUUCAAGCAGUGAUUGACGCUGGUAUUAUUCCUCCCUUGAUCCACCUUCUCUCCAAUGGUGACUUCAAAACUCGAAAGGAAGCCUGCUGGGCCAUUUCCAACGCUACCUCGGGCGGUCUUCAGAAGCCGGAUCAGAUUAGAUACCUUGUCGCACAAGGAUGCAUCAAGCCUCUUUGUGAUCUACUGGCCUGCCCCGACAACAAGAUCAUCCAGGUUGCGCUAGACGGCCUGGAAAACAUCCUCAAAGUCGGAGAAAUGGACAAAGAGGCGGCCGAUGCGCGAGCUCCUGAAGCCCAGGUAAACCGCUACGCCCUGUUCAUUGAAGAGGCUGGUGGAAUGGAGAAGAUUCACGACUGCCAGAACAACGCCAAUGAGGAGAUCUACAUGAAAGCCUACAACAUCAUAGAGCGAUACUUCUCGGACGAAGAGGAUGCAGGCGCCGACAUUGAAGAACUGGCCCCACAAGCCAAUGCCUCUGGCUUCACCCUUGGAUCGAACCAACCUCAGGGACAAUUCAACUUCGCUAAUGGUAACGACUCUAUGGACAUGUAG